CGCGCGCGCGCUCUCUCGACACACCGAUCGAUCAUGGCGUCUCUCACGCAAUCCGCCGUUUUCGGCAAGAAGUUCACGACCGUGAAGGCGUCCACGAAGCGCGCCACCAAGACCACGGUCGCUCGCGCGUCGAUGAACGACUUCGCGGAGAAGGUGUCCAAGGCGUCCGUCGCGCUCGGCGUCGCCGGUGCCGUGCUCGCGCAGUCUGCGGGUGCUGUCACGUACGACGAACUCCAAGGCUUGACGUACUUGCAAGUCAAGGGUACUGGCUUGGCGAACACGUGCCCGGUCGUCGAAGGUGGUGUGUCCGGCAAGGAAAUCAAGGCUGGUGACUACGCCCUCGAGCGAUUCUGCAUGGAACCGACCUCGUUCACGGUGAAGGAAGAGUCGCAAUUCAAGCAAGGCGAAUCCGAGUUCUCGAAGACGCGCUUGAUGACGCGCUUGACGUACACCCUCGACGGCAUGACUGGCUCCUUCAAGGUUGGCUCCGAUGGCUCCGUCAACGUCCAAGAGAACGAUGGCCUCGACUACGCCCCGGUCACCGUGCAAUUGCCGGGUGGCGAGCGCGUGCCGUUCUUGUUCACGCUCAAGGAGUUCACUGGCAAGGGUAACACGUCCCAGUUCGGCGGCGACUUCGUCGUCCCGUCUUACCGUGGUUCUUCUUUCCUCGACCCGAAGGGCCGUGGUGGUUCCACUGGUUACGACAACGCCGUCGCCCUCCCGGCGCGCGCUGACUCCGAGGAACUCCAAAAGGAGAACCAAAAGAACACCGCCGCGCUCAAGGGCUCCGCCGUGUUCAACGUCGCCAAGUACGACCCGGCCACCGGUGAAAUCGCCGGCGUUUUCGAGUCCAUCCAGCCGUCUGACACUGAUCUUGGCGCCAAGGUGCCGAAGGAUGUUAAGAUCACCGGCCUUUGGUAUGCCAACCUUGGCAGCAAGUAGACGACAGGAUUACGCUGUAUGAGCUGCGCGAUGGCGAUUUAGUGACGUUGUGCGCGUCACGCUGUAUGCGAACCGAGUAGUCAAUUUGGUGACGUACGAAAUAGAGUACCUUAGAAUGUGUCGAUGAUCCGUGACGGGCGGUGUCGCGUCAGCGAUUCCACACGCCGCGAUUAUUUCGGCGCUUGCGAAACCUGAUUUCUCCGCAAAGAUAUGUAACGAACAGAGUUUCAACUUCCAC